AUGGCAGCCAUCGCGCCUGAGAUUGCUCAGCAGGUGAAUUCCAUUUUGGGAUCCUCCAUGGGACCAAUGGGUCAGUGGCAGGAGGACUUCAACUACACCAAGAUGGCUAUGGACCUUUGUCAUGGAGGGCCUGUGCAGCACUAUGCUCGACAUGUUGGCAAAUUUGUUCAGCUGUAUGGAGGCAAGGCAUCAAAGUUGGAGCAGCCCAUGCAGUUCAAGAUGUUUGGCAAAGCCUGUAUUCGAUUUGCCUUGCAUCUCACAUCCAAGGAGAAAAUGGGCACAGAAGGAAAGACCAGGAGCAUGGAAGAGCUGAAGACUCUCAUGGAGUCUGAUUUGGCCACAGCUGGUGUUGGCUCAAGUGCUGCCAGUGCUGCUUCAUCCACCACUGCAAAGCCACCAGCUGAGCAGGAAGUGCCUUAUGACUUGGACCAGGCCAACAACCCCAUGUUUUUGGCCAAGCAGCUUUUGGACCUUGAUGUAGGCAAGAACUACACUGUGAAGGAUCAGCCAGGGCGCAUUUGGGCUUUGACAGAGAUUGGGGAGACCCACAUCGUGUUGAAGCAUUACCCUUUGCUUGAACCAACCAAGAUCUGCACUAUGAAGUUUGAGGCUACAGAAAUUGCAUGCAAUAUCAAGCCAACAAAGCAGAAAAUGCCCAAGCUCUUUUCUGAUGAGCAAUUGCAGCACCUGUGGGCAUCUAGUACCCUGUACUACAUCAUCCCCAUGAAGCACCCUAAGUGGAAUGAUGAGACUGGUGAGUAUGAAGGCAGUUUGAGUCCCUUUUGGGUGCGCAAAGAGAUUGAAGAGGGCCAGUUGGAGUACAAGUGGGUCACCUUCAGCCACAAGCUUGGGGACAUUGAGAUCAAGAUCCUCACCAACAAAGACAUGGUCGCUGCACAUUCUGAGUUGGGCAUGAGAUCCAUGGCUGUGUCUGAAGCAGCACCAUCCAAGAAAGCCAGGAAGGCAUAA